AUUCUCAUCUUCAACUGGUCUCGAGACACGGUUUGGUCAUGGGUCUGGAGACUCUCGGCUCUCUCCGGGUCCUAAAUUCCCAGCAAUAAAACACGAAGCGGGUGUAUCCUGACGAUUACACCUUUCUUUCUGAUCCCCACAACCUAGUUGCGGAACCAGAACACUCGUCUCUUCGCUCGUCCUUCAAGCCCAGACUCUUUACGCAACCUUCAUACUUCUUUGUUGACAAUGGCCGAAGUCGAGUCCUCUCCCGCUACGAUUGAGAUCAACGACGCCCUGUUCUGUCAGCAUUAUAAGGAAGUUUGCGCCAUUUGCGGGUACGACGGACGAGAGGAGAAUGAUGCAUUUUUUGGGUUUGACCCAAUAGACCGCGAGGGCAUCGAAGCUCCCUCUGCUACCAUCAACAAGGACGGUGACUACCAGUGUAAGAAGCACGCACUCACUGCCUGCAACCAAUGUUACGGUUGGAAGAAACAAAUUACUCGUUUGCGUACCCAAGCGAAAAAGGCAGGGAAGAAGUAGAUUUACACUACAUUAUCAACGGUACGGAACUUGUAUGACUGCUGAAGAAACUUUGCUGUGAAAUGUACAUUAUCAAAAUGAUGAAAUUGUGUUGAGCCCGCAUAAUAGCGGCAUAUCAUGGAUCUCCUCAUCCUAGUCUCACGUUCUAAUUCCCAAGGCCGUCAAACUUGAUAGUCCAGCCUCUCUGCACUACUUUGAAUCUGCGUAAACUUACGUUUUUUAGUACAGUAAUUUGAAAUGAA